AUGCACUCAUCAUAUUCCUAUUUCCAUCCGUUAUCCUACUUUUCCACAUUAUUCCUUCUAACUUCUCUGUCUUUUUUGGUGUAUUUUGUAACGGAUGUUCAGAAGUUUGAAGAAGAAUGUAAGAGUCAGAUGAUUGUAUUCCAGGUUGGGAAUUCCAGGAUGUAUAUUCUUAAUUUUGAUUUUCAGACUUUUGAGCAAGCGGCCUGGAAAGAUAUUAUUCAGUUAGAGAAGUUACAUGCAAGAGCUAGAAGAGAUGUUGGUUUCCUAACAAAACGGAAAACUAGAAGACGUCAAAAAGUGAAGAAACACAAACGUCCUGUUCAAAUUAUACAACAAGAAUUUGUCCCUGUGGCCGAAGAGGUUGACGAGUAUAAAAAUUCUGAUUGGAGGAAAGAAUCUGAAGAUGAAUCCACGGAUGUUGAGACAUCUACAGAAGUUUAUAUAGAAGAAAAAGAAGACGUGCAAGGAUCUUCUCCUUUUUCCGAGAAUUCAGAUGAAAACGAAACAGAAAACAAUGGAUAUUCUGCACCUAAAAAUCCCACAAAUCCGGAAAAGAUAAGAAAUAUGGAAAGAAGAGAAAUGAAGUUAAAAAACGGAUAUACCAAAAAAGGGCUGGAAACCGACAAUGGUGAGGAAGGAGAGAAAAAAGAAGAAGACGUUGAAGGAUAUGAAGAAAGAGAAGAUAAUGAAGACGAAGAAUGCGCUGACACUGACCUAAAAUGCUACGGAAACCCUUGUCCACGCGGCCCAGCAGGUCCCCCAGGACCUCACGGAUCUCCCGGAGAAGAUGCUCCAGAUGGCGUAGACGGAGGCAAUGGAACCGAUUGGGAACUUCUUGUCGAAGAUCGAGUAAUCGUGUUGGGAUGUGUGAAGUGUCCUCAAGGCCCACGUGGCGUAGAAGGUGAUCCUGGACCACCGGGAGAUAAGGGAGGCACCGGGAAGAAUGGUAAUCCAGGACUUGAUGGAUAUGAAGGAUUCCCUGGGCAAUCUGGACAAGAAGGAGAGGCUGGAUAUGAUGGAGAUUAUGGUCCAGAUGGAUGGGCAGGGCAGCGUGGAGAGGAUUCGAAAAUCUAUAAAAACCUUCCAGGGCCACCGGGUCCAUCAGGCGCCGCAGGUCCGCCUGGAGAAGUUGGAGGAUAUGGUAAUUUAGGUUAUGGAGGAAUAGAAGGAGUUGCUGGAGUGGCUGGAGCUCCAGGAGAACAUGGAAUUCCAGGACCACCGGGAGCUCCCGGAACGCCUGGCGAACCAGGAAUCCCUGGGGAAUACGUCGGCCAAUGCAAGUGUCCAGAACGUCGUCGAUCGGUUGUCAAUUCUUAUCCUCAACCUCCUCCUUCCUAUUACACUGUUCCUUAUUCAAUGACUACAGAAGCCUACUUGACGUCUUCUGAUUAUCCAGUCUAUGUGGAGACAACUACACAAGAGGUUCCCACUACUUCCAUUUAUCGGUAUUUCGUAAAAGCCGCUACUCCGGGAUACAAAACCAUGGAGACGACAUCUGAAUACGUGGAAACUACAACGGUCGAGUAUUCCACCGAAGCGAAGAGCCAAUACGUUGAAGAUACAUCCACACAUAUUGCGGAAGCUUCCAAAGCUUUCGAGCCGCCUGAAGAUCAUCCUAGAAUUCCGAAAAGUUAA